UAUCUUCUUCCCACUCACCUCUUAGAAGAUUGUCCUUCUCGUCAUCCAUGUCCUCGCUACCGGUGUGAUUGUUCUAAGCUUGCCAAAGCAACUGCUCUAAAUGAGCGAUCUAGUCGACUCACCGCCCCUCCCAACUGCCCCGUUGACAACUCAGCAGUCACCUUCCUGGCAGACCAUCGCAACAAACUCUCUCGGCGAUCUCCAUUCUCGGCCAUCUCUGCUCUUCAUCGUUGUCAGGCCACUCACCAGGAACGUCGACCGUCCAUCCACCGGCAAGGCAACCCGUCCGUCGACCAUCUGAGUAGCUCAGUUACUGUCGUCCACCAAGCAGCAUUCCUAACGGUUUGGCAGGGCAAGGACAUGGAGAACAACCACCUUUUGGCGGCAGCUCACUUAGCAACUUUCAAAGAAUCAGAAAGUCUAGAAGGAAAAUGCUCUAAGAUUGAAGGCUAUGAUUUCAAUCAGGGAGUGGACUACCCGCGCUUAUUAAGCUCCAUGAUCUCUACUGGAUUCCAAGCCUCCAACCUUGGAGAUGCCAUCCAGGUUGUAAAUGAAAUGCUAGAUUGGAGGCUUGCUGAUGAGACUAUAGUUGAGGACUCCAGUGAAGAGGAGAAAGCUUUAACAUAUAGAAGCUCUGUGAGGUGUAAACUUUUUUUGGGUUUUACAUCCAAUUUGGUUUCAUCUGGUGUUAGAGAUACAGUUCGUUAUCUAGUUGAGCAUCAAAUGGUGGAUGUAUUAGUUACAACAGCUGGUGGUAUGGAAGAGGACCUUAUAAAAUGUCUUGCACCAACUUACAAAGGUGAUUUUUCUUUACCAGGAGCUUAUUUGCGCUCCAAAGGGUUGAAUCGAAUUGGUAACUUAUUGGUUCCCAAUGAUAAUUAUUGCAAGUUUGAGGAUUGGAUCAUUCCUAUAUUUGACCAGAUGUUAAAGGAGCAAAUUGAAGAUAACUUGUUAUGGACGCCAUAUAAAUUAAUUGCUCGCUUGGGGAAGGAGAUAAAUGACAAGAGUUCUUACCUCUAUUGGGCUUAUAAGAACAACAUUCCUGUCUUCUGUCCCAGUAUAACAGAUGGCUCUUUGGGGGACAUGUUGUAUUUCCAUUCUUUUCACAACCCUGGUCUAAUAGUCGACCUAGUGCAAGAUAUUAGGGCGAUGAAUGGUGAAGCUGUCCAUGCAAGUCCUAGAAAGACGGGAAUUAUUGUACUUGGAGGGGGUCUGCCUAAACAUCACAUAUGCAAUGCCAAUAUGAUGCGUAAUGGUGCAGAUUAUGGUGUCUUCAUCAAUACUGCACAAGAGUUUGAUGGGAGUGAUUCUGGUGCUCGUCCGGAUGAGGCAGUAUCAUGGGGUAAAAUCCGAGGUUCCGCUAAAACUGUCAAGGUACUUUUAAUUAUAGUCUUGAUUUUGAAUUUCUGUUCUGUCAAGUGUCAACUAAACAAAAAUCAUUCCAUUAAAACUUCUGAACCUCCUAAUUGCAAUGACUGUUUGUGUCAUCUUCAUGUGUUUGUGUGUCUUCACUUCCAAUCAUCAGGUGCAUUGUGAUGCAACAAUUGCCUUUCCUCUACUGGUUGCAGAAACAUUUGCCAAGAAAUGGGUUGUCUGAGUUUUUUUUUUUCAACUCUAUUUAUUGUGAGAUGAAGAACUGUAUAAUUCUUACGAUUAAUAACAGGCAGACAAAAGCAACAUAUUAGAGGAGAGGAUGUUGUGGUUCUGUUGGCCACCAGGAAUGGAGAACUCGAUGGUGGGUUUGACAAGGCAAGGUUUACUUGUGUGAGAUUUUGAAUAACGCAGGGCUUUCCCAGAACAACUUUUAUUGAGUACUUUAUUUUUCCAACUUAUUAGUGGCUAUCUAUCCAAAAUGUUUUCAUUAAUGUUGAAUAUUCCACCUCAUUGGGGUAGUUCAAAUGGUGGCACGUGGUUUGUUACCACAAAAUUGUAUCCCUCUUGCGCAGUUAUAUAGUAAUCAAAUAUUAUACUGUUAGAUGGGGAAUUCUAGUACUGUAAAGUAAAAGUCAUUGAUUAUUAUUAGUAGUAAUGUUUUUACUUUUUAGUUA